AACACCUAUUUGUUUACCAUCGUGGAAGUCAAUAAACUUUUAAUUGCCUUGUCUCAUAACAAAAAUCUCGAAAGCCUAUUUAGCAUUGAUUGAUUUAAAAGAAUGACAUGUGUCUUCAUAUAUGACCUUAGUCAUUUGUUUUAGAUAGAACUUAAACCUACAGUUUGUCAACAGUAAAGGGCUUUAGCUUUGGAUUAAGAACAGAGGAGUGUUCUAGACUUUCACUUUUUAUAGGCAGCCGCUUUCUAGAUCAAUCACUAUGCCGAGAAUUCUUCUUCUUUGCCUUCUCGGUAUGCUGUUAGUGAGUCAAAUAGACGCACAGAAAAGCAAACGAAAGUCUAAGUUUAAAGCGCUGCUCCCUGUCUUUGAACGUUCAAAGCCCAAACCAAACAGCAUUGCUGAAAAACCAACGAAAACUGCAAGUGCGUCAUCAUCGUCAACUGUUGAAGCUGGUGGAACUCUUAACACCGGUAAAGCAACAGCAUCUCAACCAGUUAGCCCUCCUAAAGAAGUUAUUCUUCCGGAACCUUCAAAACCCGUUAAACAACCCCAAGACCUGGUAAUCCAGAGUCCUAAAGUGAAAUCUGACAGACCCAAAGCUACCCCAUAUAGUCUACUAUUGCCAGACAAACCCGUAAAGAAACCAGCCAAAUCUCGAGUAGAACAAUACCGUCCAGCAAAACCCAAGUUUCCCAUGACGAAAACGAAAUCAUCUUGGAGUCAUGUUCCGUCAAAGCCUAAAUCCAAAUCCAAAAAUGUAAAUUUUUUCGGUAUGAGACCAAAGCCUACCACAACACCCAAACCAACCACACCGGCACCACCACUUCCUGUCCAACAAAGCUUAUUUAACUUUUUUAACGGACAAAAUGUCCCUUCCCCAGCUCAACAGGCAAUGCCUUUCCCACUUCCAUCGAUGCCACCAUACCCCGGCCUGCCAAACAACAACCCACAACUUAAUAAUGUCUACAAAAUGAUUGCCACAUGGCUUGUGUCUCAUGCUAUGCAUGGGGGCAAUAACGUUGCUCCCACAACUCCUCGUCCUGUCCUCACCACACCGAAACAAACUCCUCCACCGAUGCGUUUUUCUGCGAAACGUGCAAAACCACAUCAUCAACAUCAAAGAAAGAAUUCUUUGUCGCGGCCUCAAGAACAAGCAAGGAGACCAAAUAGGAACAGAAAACGCACGCGCUCUCAGAAAAAAGCAAACGAAAAGAAUAAGAACAGCAAAAUGCAAGAAGAAGCGCUAAGACGAAUGAGACAGAAGGCUUACGAAGAAUACAUGGAUGAGGUUUAUGAUAUUGACGUUCCAGAAAAACCAUUUGCCAAUGGAGCACCACCAUAUCAUCAGGGACCACCAUUUGGAUUCCCAUGGUGAUUUCAGAAAUUUCAAUAGAUAGAUCACGAAAUUCCAGUUGAUGGGAGAUAUCAAAACUCACCAGUACUUUCAUCUAUUUAUUAUUUCAUUCUUGAUUUCUCUGAACUACAAGAAAUAUUCAAGUUUCGUCGAUGAUUUGCUUCGAGUCCAAGGAUUGCUGUCGCGUCUUUCAACCAAGAGAACGCUUACCCACGAAUUCAAAAACAUAUGCUGUGACAUAGUAUAAAAUAUUAUAAUAAAUAUUUAUACUUGAAUGUAAA